GAUUGGCUGACGCCGGCGCACGAGGCCUGUAGUUUGAAAGCUCGUCUGCGGCCCGACAAGUGUUUAGCAGUAGCAUUAGCCCCACACCUCCAACAAAGUUAACACCGUCGGCCAACUUCAUUCAUAUCGACACCUCCGCUCGCUUCGGGCUUCUAAAGCUACGCGCGGCGCAUUUGGCGGCCAUGACGCCACCGGCGGGAGCGGAACACACCACGGACGCCGCCGCUUUUUGACGGCUUUUUUGCGGCUGGAAGUCCACGCCGAGACCGGGAGAUACAAGAAAGCUUCCCCGCCGCUUCACUUCCUUGUUGCGCGUCGGGAGGCGGAUAAGUUUGCUUUAUUUUUUUAUGUUUUUUACUCGACAGCGGAUGGAAGUACUCGCUCGUAGUGGCGGUGGCGUGUCAACGGAGCCGGGGACUUAAACCCGGACGGGCCUCGGGCCUGCACUUUUGUCUGCCAGUCGGUACGCAAUGUGUCGCGGGGCUUCGUUAGCCGCCGGGAGGCUACUUUAGCUAACAAAUUGUUGAUAACGUUCAACCUGAGUUCGACCGCUAGCUUCGUGUCAUAUGUUGCGUGUACGCGUGGAAGAACCGGUUCCUAAUCAAGUCCAAGUGGAAAACACCAUUGAGUUAGCUUUGUGAUGCUAACAUUAAGCUCGUGAUCUCGCCUGCCAAAUGUGAAUGACCGUGCUAACCGGCCCGAUGUUAUUGUGUUCCACCGCACGACAGGGAACGUAGAUUAGAAGUAUUUCAAGGGAAUUGAGUGAGGGGGUGGCGUUAGUGCAACCGUGUGGAUCGAUGCCGAAUUCGGAUGUACUGCGGGAUGGCCGCGGCCGAAGUCCCUCCGCGCAGAGAAGCGCUAGCAGGCAGGACAGGCGGAACGCGAGUAAGCCGGGGAGCAGCGCGGCGGCUCAGCGGGACACGCGACGGGACAAGAGACGCUCCUCGGCGUCUCGUCGCAAGAAACGCAAGCAGGGCAAGGACAGGGACUUGUGGCACCUCGGUGCGACGGAAGGGACGGUCAAUGACAGACACGCGGCUUUUGGCAGGGAGGCAGAACUCGGGACUUUGGUGGAGUACGACGACGUCAGCUCCCAGUCGGAGCGUUUCUCCGGGAGCCCCUCGCCUAAGCCGGACCACCACUUCUCCGUGGACCGAUUGAGCGACUUCGGGGACUACGACGGACCUCAGCCCAGAGAACGCCAGGACGUCUUCGCCAUCAAGGACAAGCGCGCCAGAGCGCCAAAAAGCAAGCCUUCGAGCCGCAAGAAGGAGCGUCCCGCUCGGGAACGAAACUCCAAAGUCCGAGGAGGACUCGGCCCGAGCGCCUCUAAAAACCACCGGGACGCCGGUACGAAGAGCGAAGACAAGAACGGCAAGAAAACGUCUGCCGGCCCGUCGUCGGAAAAACGGGACUCCAAAAGGCAACGGAGUAAAACGCGAGCGGACAAAGAACCGCCGUCCGCGUACAGAGACGUUCCUCCGCAGUCGUACCGGGACGACUACAGGAGGAGCCCGGGAUUCAAAGCCGAAAGUCCCUACGGGACAUCGUACCCGUACAACUACCAGUCCCCGCCCGGUUACAACCAGAUCUCCAGAAGAAGCCCGACCUAUCCGAGCAAAAGAACCUCUCCCGUGUCCAACUACUACAACCGGGACGGCGACGCGUACGGCACCGCCAAAUCUCCCGGGUCUUACUCGAGCAAGAGGAAGCGAUCCCCCGCCAGUCCCGCCACCUGGCGCCGGUCUCCCAGCUACAGCCGCCGCAGUCCCUACGAGCAAGGCGAGUUCGUCGCCAGUCCGUACGCAGGUCGGCGGAGGUCACGGAGUCCCUACAGGAAGUCCCUCAGCCCCAGUCCGGAUGUCAGGCGCGCGGCCCGGUCCCGCAGCCGAAGCCCGUACUCGUCGCUCAGGCCUUCCCGCUCGCGCAGCCGUCACCGCAAGUCGCGCUCGCGCAGCCGGCCCUCCAGCCUCUCGCCCGGCACGCUGACCUUCAAAAGCAGCCUGGCGGCCGAGCUCAGUAAGCAGAAGAAGGCCAAAGCAGCCGAGGCGGCCGCCAAAGCCAAAAGCUCCGGCGACACCGCUGCCUCCGCCCCAGUCAAAUCCGCCGCCGCUCGCCAGCCCAGCCCUAAGACCGACCACGCGGCCAGGAAGGGACGCCCGCCCUCGCCGCCUCCGGAAAAAGGCCCGCGCACGCCCACUUCCGUUCCGUCGCCUUCCAAGAAAACGACGGAGCAGCCCGCCGGCCGGGACAAAGACGGAAAGGCUAAAGAGGACUCCAAGAGGAAACCCGCGGCGCCUAACAAAGCCGGGGGGAGCUUUGCCGCCAGCGUCCUGAACCUUCCGCUUCCCCCGAGCAUCCUGGAACAAAUCGAUAAAGGCGAGAGCGCCAAGGACGCCAAGAAAAAAUCGGAGCGAAAGGGCCGACAGCUCCUCGCCGACCUGCCGCUCCCACCCAUUCUUUCCAGCCGCACGUCUUCGCCGCGCAGUCCGGCCGAGGAGAAAAAGGCCCAAACGCCUCGCCGGAGGCCGAGAAUGUGCGGCCCGAGAUACGGCGAGAUUAAAGAGACGGAGAUCGACUGGGGCAAGCGUUGCGUGGAUAAGUUUGAAAUCAUCGGCAUCACGGGGGAAGGCACGUACGGCCAGGUGUACAAAGCUAAAGACAAAGACACAGGCGAGAUGGUGGCGUUGAAGAAGGUGCGUCUGGACAACGAGAAGGAGGGCUUCCCCAUCACGGCUAUCCGAGAGAUUAAAAUUUUGCGGCAGCUCAACCACAAGAGCAUCAUCAACAUGAAGGAGAUCGUCACCGACAAGGAGGACGCGCUGGACUUUAAAAACGACAAAGGUGCUUUCUAUCUGGUCUUCGAGUACAUGGACCACGACCUGAUGGGCCUGCUGGAGUCGGGCUUGGUGCACUUCAACGAGAGCCACAUCAAAUCCUUCAUGCGCCAGCUGCUGGAGGGCUUGGACUACUGCCACAAGAAGAACUUCUUGCACCGCGACAUCAAGUGCUCCAACAUCCUUCUCAACAACAAAGGUCAAAUCAAGCUAGCAGACUUUGGUUUGGCUCGCUUGUACAACUCUGAAGAGAGUCGACCUUACACCAACAAAGUCAUCACGCUGUGGUACCGGCCCCCGGAGCUCCUGCUGGGCGAAGAGAGGUACACGCCGGCCAUCGACGUGUGGAGCUGCGGAUGCAUCCUCGGGGAAUUGUUCACCAAAAAGCCCAUCUUUCAAGCGAACCAGGAGCUCGCCCAGUUGGAGUUGAUCAGUCGGAUAUGCGGCAGCCCGUGUCCCGCCGUGUGGCCGGACGUCAUCAAGCUACCCUUCUUUAACACCAUGAAACCCAAAAAGCAGUACAGGCGACGACUACGGGAGGAGUUCGCCUUCAUCCCUCCGACCGCUCUGGAUCUGUUCGACCACAUGCUGAACCUCGACCCGGGCAAGCGCUGCACGGGCGAACAGGCGCUAAGCUGCGAGUUCCUCAAGGACGUGGACCCGGACAAAAUGCCCCCACCGGAUCUUCCGUUGUGGCAAGACUGCCACGAGCUGUGGAGCAAGAAGAGGCGGCGGCAGAAGCAGAUGCCCGAGGAUUUGGCUCUUCCUCCGAAGGCGCCCCGGAAAGAGUUAGGCAUGGACGACAGUCGCAGUAACACACCUCAAGGCUUCUCCGCAGCUGGGGGCGCCAAAGCGCCGGGCGCGGCAGCUUCGGCAGACGCGAAGGGUCCCAACUCCCAGCUGACCCAGGAGCAGCUGGCCGUCCUGCUGAACCUCCUGGGGCCGCCCAACAGCGGGACCAACCCGGCCCAGUUUUUCCAGGCGGGCGGCUCCAAGGCCAACCAGGAGACGCCGCAGCAGCCCUCCAAAGCCCCGCCGGCUCCCGACGCGGCCGAACCCGCCGCGCCGCCCGCCGCGCCCCCGCAGCCGACCGCUCCGGCGGGCGUGCCCCGCACCCCGCCCAUGCCCAAGCCCCCGUCGCCACCUCCGGCGCCCGAGGGGGACGCGGCCGCAGCCACCCAGACGGCCGUCACCAUGCUGCUGGCUCAGCUGCUGCAGGCUCAGCGGCAGGAAGACGGGGGCGACGGUACGGAGGCUUCCGGCGGCGUCCAAGCGGCGGGGGUGGCGCCCCCGAUUCCUACUGAGGGCAAACUACCUCCAGAGUCCAGCCCGGUCUCACCUGCGCCUGACACGAGCGGCGUCCCCAUCCUGCCCCCGGACCAGAGACCGCCUGAACCCCCGGAGCCGGCCCCGCACGCCGACCUGGACUAUAGGCGGCCGCCGCCCGAACCCAAGCCUGGCCACGCGCCGCCCAUCGCUUCGGCCGGGGGAGGCGACGGAGGCGCCCUCCCGCCCGAGCCCGACUACCCGCCCCUCCCCACCGCCGAGGGCCCCGGCUACGGAGGCGACUUCAGCCACCCGCCGCCGCCCCCGUUCACUCCCUCGGCCUUCGGGGACAGUUUCAUGGGUCACAUGCUGGGAGCCGGGCUACCGCCUCACUCUCUAAGAGAAGUGUUUAGCGCGCCGGGCCCUGCCGCGCCCCCAGAACUUUUCGUGCCGCCGGGCCCCGCCCCCGCCGGACCCCCCGGGAUGAUGUUCGCUGGGGACAAGGACCACCGCUUUGAGUACAGCUCCCUACCGGCGGAGGGCCCUCCCAACCCCCUCCACUUGUACAACCACGCGCCUCCUCAUCCGCCGCCCAUCCCGGCGCCGGGCCACGCUUGGGCCUCCCCCUCCUCGCAGGUGCCCCUCGGCUUCGCGCCUCACGUCACCUCCGCCAUCAGAGGACGAGGGCUCCCCUUCUGAACCCCGAGCGGGAGCGGCUUUUCCGGCUCUGACCAUUUUCCUAUUUUGUAAUUUUGUUCUAAAAUCUUUUUAAGAAACAACUUUGGGGGGAAUGAGCAAGCCGCCACGUUUCUAACACUCGCAUGACAGCUUCCUCCUGGUCAAGAUUUGCACUACGGACUCAAGUAGGCUUAAAAACUCUUUUAGCGACGGACAAAGACGAACGAACAACCACGAAUCACGUGACCCCCGAUGUCGCCUCUGGCGCUCUCUCGCUCUGUUUUGUAAUAUUUUUUCCAAAAAAUGCUACCGGACUGCUGGCACUUGGGUGAGAAAUCGUGAGAGAGAUGUAAAAUGAUCAAAUACAAAAGGACACGGUGUGUUUCUCCCAUUUUUUUUUGUAUUAAAAACAAUCUAUCCCAUGCCCUUUUCCUUUUGGCAAGUGUUUAUUAUUAAAGAAAUGCCAUCGUGUAUAGAUAUUGUCUUUUCAGUUACUAUAAAGAGUAUUUUUCAAUGUCAUUUGUCGCUUUGUUUGACUGUAUGUGACCUCAGCCACCACUGGAUGGCGCCAUCAAUUUUUUUCCCGAUUCCAAUAUAUAUAUAUUUGAUGUGAAAAU